AUGGCGCUCGAGGACGAAUCGCCUGUGUCGCUGCAGGAGGGAGGCAACAGCAGCACUGGAAAACGCAAGAGCGACGAGAGUCAGCAACAGCAGCAGCAACGCGCAAAACGCAACCGAUACAUAUCCAUCGCAUGCAACGAAUGCAAGCGACGCAAGAUCAAGUGCAAUGGCCAGUCUCCAUGCCAGCGCUGCGGCAACCUCGCUCUGGAGUGCGUCUAUGCCCCCAACUGCUGCACCUCGAGCUUCAAGGACACGGAUGAGUUCAGAGCAAUGUCCAACCAAAUCGCCUCUUUGCAAGACCAGGUCAACGCUCUGUUCAACAGCAUGAACGCCCUCCGCGCCGAUCUUGGUAACCAACAUACCCCCAUCGACCCUUUCCUACAGCAACAAUCCAUCAUGCAACACGACCAGCAUCCCCCUCUGGAAGCCACUCGACGGAAGAGCAUGUCGAGAAGAUCUACCUUUAGGGGCCCCACAAGCUUGGAAUUCAACCUGGGCGUCGCCAAGAAUCAUUUGGAGAACAUGGGCAUAGCUCCUCCUGCUCCCGAAGACGACGUGCUGCAAGAAGAGUCCCCUAAUGGUGACUCGCUGGCUACCGCUCCGCUACAUGCCAGCAAAGAUCCUAUAUGGCACGUCAAUCGCGACGAGGCUCUGCGUCUUAUACGCGUCUACCAAGAUGACAUGCACAUCAUGUAUCCCCUGGUCUCUAUUCCGGAACUCGUCGCCUACGUCGACAAACUCUUUACCUUUAUGGAAUCUGCCCAGCGUACCGGCCUUAUGAUGAGGGCUGCUCCUGGAGCCGACUCUAUCGAUGACGAAGAGACCAACGUGCUCAAAAUUGUCAUGGCCACUGCAAUGGUAGUCGAGGGUUCUGGAAGAAGCGAUCUUGGUCGUGCCAUGUAUGCUUACGUGCAACCUUCCAUCGAUGCUCUGUUGCUUGGCGAUACUGGCUUGAGGAGUGUACAACUGCUUGCCCUUACUGCAACAUACCAGUUCCACUGCGACAAUGAAGGCAUAUCAUGGCGCAUCAUAGGACUGACCGCUCGCCUAUGCAUCGAGUUGGGCUUACAUCGCAGGGAAACCUACGACCGUAUGGACGACGAGCAAAGAACCAUGGCGAUGCUUACUUUCUGGUCUGUUUACUGUCUUGACAGGAGGUGGAGUUUUGGCACAGGCAUGCCUUUCGCUCUCCAAGACACUGACCUUGACCCAAAUUUACCAAAGCCGGGCGACAAAUCACUAUAUCUGACGGCCAUGAUUGAACACUUUGCAAUUGCCAGCAAGGUACGACUCUUGAUUUACUCUGACUCCAGCAGAAAGCAAGUCAGCAAAGAAGAUGUGAGUUAUCUCGAUUUCCAGAUCGUCAAUUGGCAUAGGAAUCUUCCUCGCCAGUUACACUGGGAUCGAGAGUCGUGGGGCCAGGCAGACGGCGAUGUCUCUGCUGGACAGCAGCGACUUCGAAUUAUUCUCUACUUGCGGGCGAACGUGAUGCGCGUCAUGAUUCACCGACCCGUGCUGCAUUCGACAGCAUCCAUUGUAAGCAACCCGAUACAAGCACAGACUGUCGUCGACAUUGCCAAAGAUACGAUCCGCAUCUUGACGCACAUCAACCGGACGAGCCGGAUGUAUCGAGCGUCGCAGAGCUUGUUCAACGCAUUCCUCACGACGGCUUUGGCAGUAUUGUUCCUCGCGGUGUCACACAUGCCCGAGACGUACGCCGGACAGGUACGCGAGGAGUUCUAUAUGGCAUUAGAUCUUGUGCGAGGUAUAUCUAAAGGUAGCUGGGUGAGCAAAAGACUAUGGAAGACGAUCAGGCUGCUCAAAGAGGUAGGGCCGAAGCUCGGAUUGGUGACGGGCAAUCCACAGACGGAUCCCAAUCAUUCAGCAGCAGUGGCUAUGGCUGGACUUGCUGGACACAAGGUCGACGAGGGUGCAUUCUUGAAUCCUGGAGGGUGGAACAAUAUGGGUAGCGUGUCAUCGAACUCGCCUGACGGAAUGGUGCAGGACUUGACGAAUUUGUUCGAGGCGGCUGGAGGAUAUAGCAAUGGAUUUGGAGGAGGGUUCGGGCCUGGGGUGCAUCAGAUGGACGAGAGUGGAUUCGGUGGUGAGGAUGAAUUGAGCAGGAUCCUCCGGGACUUGUUCUAG